AUGCGGACACCAACAAAUGUCUACUUGCUUAAUCUAAGUGCAGCUGAUGUUUUAGUGUUGCUUGUUUGUCAACCGGCAGCUCUCUUGGAGUUCUUUGGAAAAGACAGACGGUUUCUUGGAGAUGAAAUGUCUACAUUGGUUCCAAUGAUGGAGAACGGAGUAGUACAUGUCUCGGUACUGACGAUGUUGGCUGUAACCUUUGAACGUUAUCAAGCUUUAUGCCACCCUUUAAAGAACCGAAUAAAAUCAGUGACAAUUUGUGCUACGGUCAAGGUCAUUGCAUUUAUCUGGCUGGUAGGAAUAGUUUUAUCUUUACCACUGUUGGGCAUGACCCAAUAUGAAGAUGCUUUGUUUUAUGACGGAUCUCAAAUCAAAGUUUGUCGGACAAAGGUUAACAAAACUUGGCAAUACGUAUUUUCUCUGUGGCGAGUCUUUGCACCGAAGACGGAUCUAAUAAAGCUUGGCCUGGAGGCAUAUCUUAAUCUCGUUUGUUGGGUCCGAAUCCUGAUGUAUAUGAACAGUACGGGAAAUCCUAUUAUUUAUAGUUUAACAUCGACAAAGUUCAAAGCUGCCUACACGGCGAUACUCGGCUGCCACAGCAACAGAAAUGUUCAAGGGAGCGUUACAUAUAGGCAAUGAUAACCGCAACAACGGCAGGUAUCGCAACAUGUAAUAUCUACAUCAUAUGUUUAGAAAAUUCAAAGUAAGCAUCGCGUAGCUCAUGCAAAUGACGAUUAUUGCAAUUACUUCGGUAAAUUUAGCCAUUUAUUGUAGCAACGCACUAAUUUAUGUUAAUUGCAAAAUAACUCAUUUCUCUGUAAAUGCCUUUAAUAUAUUUUU